CCUCCCCUUCAGUUUUGCACAGGUGUACCGGCUCCUCCCCUUCUGUCUUGCACAGGUGUACCGGCUCCUCCCCUUCUGUCUUGCACAGGUGUACCGGCUCCUCCCCUUCAGUCUUGCACAGGUGUACCGGCUCCUCCCCUUCAGUCUUGCACAGGUGUACCGGCUCCUCCCCUUCAGUCUUGCACAGGUGUACCGGCUCCUCCCCUUCAGUCUUGCACAGGUGUACCGGCUCCUCCCCUUCAGUUUUGCACAGGUGUACCGGCUCCUCCCCUUCAGUCUUGCACAGGUGUACCGGCUCCUCCCCUUCAGUCUUGCACAGGUGUACCGGCUCCUCCCCUUCAGUCUUGCACAGGUGUACCGACUCCUCCCCUUCAGUCUUGCACAGGUGUACCGACAGGUGUCCUCCCCCCCUGGACUGAAAUUUCUUCCUCUCAUUUCACCGCACACUGGGAGUUUUUCACACUGUGCAUUAGAAGCUGCAGCCAAAGAGAGCUCGGCCCCAUUUCCUGGCUGGAGAACGCCCUGCAUCAUAUAGCUCUUUCCUCCCCAGCCUGUUCCAGGCCCCACCUUUUCAUUCAUUGGAUU